AUGGUUGCAGUCAUCUUCCAGUUUUUAUAUGUACUUAUGGUUUCUGUUGAAAAUAUCAUGGGAGCAACUUGUGGUUCAUCUGGUAUUCCAUUUCGACUUGAAGUAUUGCCUAAUGGUCAAUUGGUUUUGGGAUGUGCGAGUCCAUCGUGCUUUGGUGGUGAAUUAGGUGGCCGAUCAGUUAUGCAUGAUAAUGAAGAUGGGGAAGAUGGAUUUUUUCGAGAAGGUGACUUGAAAAAACCAAAAAGACGACACCGAAAUGCACCAGCUGAAUUAGCAGAAUGUCCACAAAUAUUUACUUUAGAAUCAUGUCCAGCAUCUGAUUCUUGGGUUGGAGGAAUAAAAAUUGAAGAAAGCGGCAAGUUAAAGGUACAAUGCUGCACUUAUGAAGGUCUCAAAUUUGCGACAGAAAUGGGCAAACCAGUAGUGCACGCUGGCGAAGUUUUCUCUGGUGGUGAAGUAAUACGUGAUGGACGACAAACUGGAUUCGAUCUUAUUAGCAAUAUAAAGCCUUCAUAUGAAUUAACAGUCUCACGAUUGAGUUGUAUACCAGAUCCACCAGAAACAACAAAUUAUGUAUAUCAACAACCUCCGGUAAUCCAACCCUCACCUGUCUAUUAUCCUGUUGCUUAUCAAUAUCGUCGUUGUUUUACUGGUGACACGGAAAUUGUCACUUCAGUAGGAUUAAAAACUAUGAAAGAUUUGCAAAUUGGUGAUUUUGUACUCACUAAAGAAGACAAUUCAGUAAGCAAAAAUUGUAAUACUUAA